GCUUGAUCCAAGAUGGCGGACCGCUUCGACUGCGCCCACUGCAAGGAGUCCCUGUACGGCCGCAAGUACAUCCAGUCGGAGGAGCGGCCUCACUGCAUCCCCUGCUACGACAGCCUCUUCUCCAACACCUGCGACGAGUGCAAGGAGCUCAUCGCCCACGACGCCCGGGAGCUGUUCUACGAGGACCGCCACUACCACGAGCACUGCUUCCGCUGCUUCCGCUGCGAGCGCUCUCUGGCCGACGAGCCCUUCACCAGCCAGGAGGAGGCGCUGCUCUGCAACGACUGCUACUGCAGCGAGUUCUCCUCCAAAUGCGUGGCCUGCGACCAGACUGUGAUGCCCGGAAGCAGGAAGCUGGAGUACGGCGGCUCCACCUGGCACGAGAGCUGCUUCACCUGCAGCAGCUGUGAGCAGCCAAUCGGCUCCAAGUCCUUCAUCCCCGACAAGGACGAGCACUACUGCGUGCCCUGCUACGAGGACAAGUUCGCCCCGCGCUGCACCCGCUGUAAAAGGCCCCCAUUGACCCCCUCCUGGUUCCAGACCCUGGCCAAGGGGGGCGUGACGUCCCGGGACGAGCCCUGGCACAAGGAGUGCUUCGUGUGCACCAGCUGCCAGAGCCAGCUGGCGGGACAGCACUUCACCUCCCGGGACGACGUCCCCUACUGCCUCAAGUGCUUCAGCAGCCUCUACUCCAAGAAGUGUGAGGCCUGCUCCAAGCCCAUCACAGGCUUCGGCGGGGGGAAGUACGUGUCGUUCGAGGAGCGGCAGUGGCACCAGAGCUGCUUCACCUGCACCGCCUGCUCCGUCACCCUGGUGGGGGCCGGCUUCUUCCCCGACGGGGACCGCAUCCUCUGCCGCGAGUGCAACAGCAGCCUAUAAUAUCUCUCACCCGCUCUCUC